AUGACUCCAUGGAGUACUGUUGUAUGCACUGGGAGCAAAGGGCAAGUGUCAGUUGUAAGGCUCAAUGCAAUCGCGAUUUCUUCCCUGAAACAUCACCUUCAUGGCUCAAGGCAUCAUCUAACAUGGACAAGGAAUCAACUCAUUUUCUUCCUUCUUCAUCACUUAAUGGUGAUAAUGAGAGUAUCCUCAGCAUCUUCAUCAAACCGAGCAGUUGAGCCGGGUGGUGAGCAGGGACGUUCUCUGCCUCUUCCUCCAGAUGAACAGGCUGGCGAUGAAGAAAGUGAUGAUCUUCAAUGGGAAGUAGAAUCAUCUAUUGAUGAUGAGGCAAACGAGGAUGAUGAUCUUCCCUGA